CUUGUAGGGCUAGACGAUUCACCACAAUGUCGGAGGGAAGUGCCAGUAGCUAUAACUCCAACUAUAGGGGGCAUGCGUGUGACAUGAAUCAGUGCGUGUUGCGGACAUCUUUGCAGCUCCAUAAUUUCGGUAGAUGGUUUUAUGGCUGUAGACAUUGGAAGCCUGGCAGUGACGAACAUUGUAAGUCCUUUAAAUGGUUGGAUGGCAUCCCAUGUAGGCGUGGAGCUGAAACAGCACCGAUUGUCAUUGCGAAAUUUACUAGGCUUGAGGCCGAGGCAGCUAUGGCAAAAAACAAUGAGAUGGAAGCCCGUGCAAUGAUAGCAGACCUACUCCACAGGGAAAGAGUAGCAAAGCGUAGUGCUGAAAAAGCAAAGGUUUCCCUUCAUAUGGCCAAUGCGCGAGCACGUAAAUAUCAAGUUGCUCUACUUAUGUCAUGGUUGGCAAUUGUGGUGUUCGUUAUAUUUUCACUUGGUAAUAGGGAUGUUGGAUUACGGCAAAUGUGUCUGCCAUGACCUUUUUAAUUUUUAUUAGUUGUUUGGAAAUGUAUUGUACAUGUUGGGAGUGCCUUUUAGUGUAAGGUGUUCGACUUGGCAAUUGUAUGUGUCGAAUGACAGAGUUAUUGUAUGAUUCGUAUACAUAUAAUUGCUAUUUUGUAAUGGUAGACAUUUUGGUAGCAUCCUUAUUUUUUGUCA